UGUUACCAACAGUAUCAAUCGUUGCGCGUGUCACGAUAAUGUGAACGUACAGGCCAUACUUUGUUUAUUUUGUAUAUAUUAAUAGGUUAUGCCUGUCUAAAUUGGACGAAUUUUAUAACCACUACAACAAUAUUAAUAGAAACACUUGUUUAUAUUAUGAAUGAGUUACAAUUUUAAAUAAAUCCUGCUCAUUAACUUUACCAUUGAAGUUACGGGAUUAUGGAAAACAAUAAUAGACAAUUGGUGUGCAUACAGUUUCCUGGGAUUGUCAAAAAUGAUGAAAAGGCCCUGGAAUGUUUGGGUGGAAUCAAAAAUAUAUCGCAGGUCUAUUCACAUCCAAAUAAGAAACGUCUAGGCUUGUGCUUUCAGCCAGACAAUCCUUGUAAAAAAAUAUAUGCAGAUGCUAAGCCUACAGCUGGUGUUGUGAUAAAAGUUAAAGUGAAAACAACUAAUAAAAACAAUGAAAUAAAGAAAGAACUUGUGUCUGCUACAAUUGUUGGAAGAGUGAGCAAAAUCUUCAAAUUUGAAUCUAUGUGUGACUUCCAGUAUCUUCCUGUUAAGGAAAACCCGGGGUCUAGUCAAGGGCAAUGCCUGUUGGAAAAGUUGCUACCAACAGGCUUAGAUGAAAUUAGUUUCAUGUCAGAACCUGCAGAACUAUUUAUUGUUCCAUCACACUUUACAAGAUCUGAUAAACCAAUAGGCUAUAUGUACACAGACAAACGGUAUCAAGAAAAGAAGUCAAAUUCAGAUAAUGAAGAUAACCUUCAUUAUAGAUUGAGACUGGAGAGAGGUAUGCCCACAGCUGGUAUACCCUUCAAUCUAAUUGACAAUUUACCUACAGACCCACAAGAAUUUUAUUUAAAACAGAAAAUUGAAAGAAUGUUAGUUUAUCCUUUAAUACAAAAUGAAUAUGAACUUAUUCAAAAGAUGUUUGAGGAAAGACCUAUUUGGUCAAUGAAUUUAAUUAAAUACCACAGCAAAGUUAGGACACCUUCAUUGAAAAUAAUUUUGCCGUGUUUGGCAUUUUAUAUGAAAUCUGGCCCUUGGAAAAUGCUGUGGGUGAAGUAUGGAUACGAUCCCCGCAAAGACCCUGCUGCCCGGAUGUACCAGUCAUUAGAUUUUAGAGUACGGCAUACAGUGGGCGUACACUCUGUGGUUAUGACACGUGAGUACGCACAUUACAAACGAGCAGACCGCGUACGUAACGCCCAGAAACGGCGAAGAGUCAAUGAUCCCAACAGUGGGACUGAGGAAAUAUCGGAAGCUGCUGUUUAUUUCCGACCUGGGGUACCGCCAGCUCAGCGUCAAGUAUAUUAUCAGUUAUGUGAUAUUAAAUUACCAGAAGUUGAAGAGUUAUUGGCAAAAGAACCAUCACCUGGAUAUCUCUGUCAUCCUAAGCGCGGCUGGCUGCCGCCCAAAGGCGAGGAGACGUGUCGCGACCACAUGUUCGAAUACCUUAAACAGAUGGUGAAAUCGAAUUAUACUGCUGAAAUGAAAUUUGAGGAUGGAAGUAGCGAUGAAGAGAACUCGGAGGAUGAUGGUAGCGGAGCCACGGGAACCGAAGUUGACGAAGGCCAAUAAAUAUAUAACAUAAGAAUAAAAAUAUUAUUUCAUAACCGUC